GUCCCCAAAUACUUGUCACAACAGUGGAGUAAAGCUUCAGGAAGAGGUGAAGUGGGAAAACUGAGGAUUGCCAAAAAUCAAGGAAGAACAGAAGUGUCAUUCACCCUCAACGAGGAGCUGGCCAGCAUCAGUGAUAUUGGAGGAAAACCCACCUCAGUCAGUGCACCCAGGGAACAUCCCUUCCUUUUGCAAAGUGUGGGAGGACAGACCUUAACAGUCUUCACAGAAAGUCCAGCAG